UCUUCGUAUUCUCCUGUCUUCCUUCCUCAGGCUCUCUCCCGUCAAAAAGCAGAUUCCCGAAAUUGCCCUCCAACAACUCAGAAAAUGGCGAUGCAGUCCGGCGUUUCCACCUCCAAAGUUCUCAUUCUCGUCGGAGCAGGUUUGACAAGUUCUGUUAUUCUGAGAAGUGGUCGGUUAUCUGAUGUCAUCUCAGACCUUCAGGAAUUAAUAAAGGGUGUGAAUGAAAUUGAGGUCUCACCUAACCGCUUCGAUAGUGCUUUUCUUGCAGCUCAGAUUCGACAUCUUGCACAAGAGGUCAGGGAUUUGACAUUAUCUAGGCCAGUGACCAUAUUCAAUGGAAAUUCUACCUCAAAUGGGAACCUUUCAUCUUACAUAAUGCCAGCUGCUGCAAUUGGAGCAAUGGGUUAUUGCUAUAUGUGGUGGAAGGGGUGGUCGUUUUCUGAUGUCAUGUUUGUAACUAAGAAGAAUAUGGCCAAUGCUGUUGCGUCUGUGUCUAAACAGCUGGAGCAAGUAUCUGCAGCCUUAGCUUCAACGAAAAGACAUUUGACCCAACGGCUUGAGAACUUGGAUGGUAAGCUGGAUGAGCAGAAGGAGAUUUCAAAGGUUAUCAUGAAUGAGGUAGAUGAUGUGAGAUCAGAUCUUUCUCAAAUUGGAUUCGACAUCGAACUAAUUCAAAAAAUUGUAUCUGGGCUGGAAGAUAAGAUCGGAGUUCUUGAAGACAAACAGGAUUUUGCUAAUGCAGGUGUCUGGUAUCUGUGCCAAAUCGCUGGGGGUAUUAAAGAUGGGCUCAACACUAAAUUCUUUCAGGAUUACAGUGCUAAACUUCCAUUGAACCAUCCAAAGACAACCUUUUCUGAAGAGAAAUCACUCAAGGCUUUCUCCUUUCCACUCGAUAUUCCCACACCUCCCAAAGAAGGGGCUUCAAUUCAUUGCGGAAACUAUCAGUUCUGGGGAAGUACAAAAGACGAAGAUUCUACAGGAUGAUGUUCAUGAGAACAACCCCACCAAAACAAAUCCAGCGGUGAAAACCAGAAUACACAGGUCAUAUCCAAACGGGAUUUCUUUGAGAAGGGAAGAUAUUGCGUUUUGAUUAAUAAAAUUUCAGAACGUCUGGUUCUUUUGACAACUUGUUAUUGUUUGAUCCUGUGGUCCAUUUUCGGCUUGGCACAAGUCAACGGUCAGAUUGUGCCUGAAAUUUCCAUUUUUUCUGCACGUAUAUGAUACCCUCCAUUGAUUUUCGGGGGAUGGCGUGUAUGGUCUAUAGAUGUCGAAAAAUAAAACAAACACAUUCAGAUUGUGUAAUGCCACCUGAUUCUUUGUGUAAAACAGUUGGGAUACUUUUAAUAAUUGUAAUGUUGUUGUUUCCAUA